AUGAACGGAGCUGUAGAAGCAGCCAACACGAAUAUCAAGAGGAUAUUGAGGAAGAUGACUGAUAAUCAAAAGGGUUGGCAUGAGCAUUUUCCUUAUGCUUUAAUAGGAUAUCGUACUAUGGCCAGGACUUUAAUAGGAGCAACUCCAUACUUGCUGGUCUACGGAACUGAAGCAGUCAUACACGCCGAAGUUGAGAUACGUUCCCUGAGAAUUAUUCAAAAAGCAGAAUUAGACAAUGCUGGAUGGGUCCAAGCUCGUUAUGAGCAAUUGGAUUUAAUUGACGAGAAAAGGAUAGUUGAUGUAUGUCACGGGCAAUUGUACUGGCAAAGGAUAGAAAGAGCUUUCAACAAACGAGUCAGAACCAGACUUUUUCAGAUCGGGCAACUAGUGCUCAAAUGGAUUUUUUCACACCAAGAUGAAUACAAGGGGAAAGUUGCUUCCAACUGGCAAGGUCCUUAUGUGGUCCGCAAGGUACUCUCCGGAGGAGCGGUAGUAUUGGCAGAAAUGGACGGUCAAGAGAGACCAAAGCCAAUCAACUCAGAUGCAAUCAAGUGCUACUAUGCAUGA